UUCACUUCGCGCGCGUACCUCCUCAGUCGCGUUUUUUAUCCAAAGAGGCGCGGCGCGCCGCUUCAUAACCUCGUAUACGACUUCAAGUGUAAAUAUAUCGCUACAAGACGUCUGCUACCGCAAAGUGUUUAAGUCACAUCAUCUUUUCUUCUCUUUUGGUUUUUGUAUGGCUGCCGCUCCAUUAUACUGUGUCGGUCCGCUGACGGUUCCUCGCUGCCGUCAGACGGACAUGCCGGAUCGAGAUUACAGUGUUGACUAUAAGUAAUCUGGCCAUAGAAUGCACAAUGCAGAAUUUAAAACUAAGGAUAAGGAGGAUAAUACUAGACUACGUCAAAGAAAAUUCAAAAGAGAGAAAUUUUCUAAAUCUGAAAGGAAUAUGGUGGGCUCUGGUAGUGGAGAACCACUUGGUCAAGACUUGGCAGAUGUUAGGAUGGAGUUACUGGAACUCAAUACAGAUGAUGAUGAUGACAUGGGUGAUGAAAGCGAUACAAAAUGUUUGAUACUAUCACCAAAACCUGGUGUAUCUAUCAAAAGGGGCGAUAAUUUUUUAAAUGAUUUGAAUGAUGAAGCAGAUGAUGAAAAUGUUUGGUCCAUUACUAUCCAAAUGUUUAUUCCAUUUUUACUGGCAGGAUUUGGGAUGGUAGCUGCCAGUUUACUUCUUGAUGUAGUUCAGCAUUGGCCAGUAUAUCAAGAAGUCUCUGAAGUUUAUAUUCUAGUUCCUGCUUUGUUAGGUUUAAAAGGUAAUUUAGAGAUGACUUUAGCUUCUCGUUUAUCUACUCAAGCCAAUCUUGGACAUAUGGAUACCAAGAAGCAACAGUGGUCAUUAGUUGUUGGAAAUUUAGCUUUAAUUCAGUGUCAAGCAAUGGUAGUUGGAAUGCUUGCUUCUUUAGCAGCUGUUGUACUGGGAUGGAUACCUGAAGCCCAUUUUGAUAUUCAUCAUGGAUUACUUCUUUGUGCCAGUUCAUUAAUGACAGCAUCUGUUGCCAGUUUCGUUCUUGGCCUUGUUAUGGUUGCUGUGAUUCUUUUCUCACGACGUUUGAAUAUUAACCCUGAUAACGUUGCGACGCCAAUAGCUGCCUCUUUAGGAGAUUUAACAACUUUAGCCUUGCUUUCUUGGAUAGCAUCACUUUUAUACAAUUCCAUAAGUACCGCUUCGUGGAUCGCACCAACUGUGAUAGUCUUUUGUAUACUAGCUACUCCUAUUUGGGGAUAUGUAGCAGCAAAAAAUCCUUUUACUAAGGAAGUUUUGGACCAUGGCUGGACUCCUGUGAUAUCUGCCAUGCUUAUAAGCAGUGCUGGAGGAUUGAUUUUAGACUACACAAUAUCAAAUUACAAGGGUAUUGCCGUUUUUCAACUUGUAAUCAAUGGAGUUGGUGGCAAUCUUGUGGCCGUUCAAGCCAGCCGAAUCUCCACGUCACUGCAUAAGCAACAAAAUAGAAGCAAUGUUCCAGAAGUGCCUGUUGUAUGCAUUAGUCCUAUGCAUGCAUUUUUUGUAACGGAAGGCCACGCAAGAACUGCCAGAGUACUUUUAAUGAUGGUCGUUCCUGGUCAUUUAAUUUUUAGUUAUACUAUUAGUUAUUUACAAGCUGGACAUACUUCUUUUACACCAAUUUUCAUGACUGUUUAUUUGACUGCUGCACUUUUACAAGUCAUUUUAUUACUCUACAUUGCUCAACUGAUGGUGGUUUGGAUGUGGAACAGAGGUAUCGAUCCCGACAGUUCUGCUAUCCCAUAUCUAACCGCUGCAGGUGAUUUAAUAGGAACUGCUCUGCUGGGCAUAGCGUUCCACCUACUCAAUGCUAUUGGCGACGGCGAUUCAGACGUCGGUGAUUAGAAGUAUCAAAAGUCCGAUGUACUUGUUUUUAACGUUUAAAAAAAAGAAUGUAUUAUUAUUUUGUCAAUUAAGUCUCGCGGCACAAUAAACGUAUAUAUACAAUUACAAAAGAGGCAUGAUUGUCAAGUGGAAAUGACACUGUAAGGAACGAGGAAAUCAUGAUAUUAAUUUUGUGUCAAUAUUAUUAUUAUUAUUAUAUUUUUUUGUGAAAUACAUAUAACGUAAAGAGCUUCUUUUUUAAGUAAAGUUUAAAUAACUAACGUGUACAUUUUACACUGUAAAUAGUUGUUUAUCUAUUUCGUAUGCAUAAGUAUUACAUUGUUAUACCAUGAGAAAUCGUCUCUCGAAUCAGAAAAUACAUAAUUUGUUACAGAAUAAAAAAAAAUGGACAAAAGAUCUAUCAGUCUGAGAGAGCUUCAUUCCCCCAUUGUAACUGCUGCACCUCAACGAUUCGCUAAAAAUAGUUGUGGUUGAAUUCGAAUUCACCGUCGUGUAUUACGUCUGUGAUAUGACGCGCAACGGUCUUUUUUUUAUCUCGUCAGUUGAGCUCAAUUAUCGCACGCAUACACGCAUACGUACACGACAAUAUUAGUUUAACUGUUUAAUGGAGAAGUGAUUGCUGCUCGCCUCAUGUGUUCUAAAGUAAUUUAUCUUUUCUUACGACAGUCGCGCUUUGCUAUAAGUCUCGUGACCAAAAUAAUAAUAGACUUGGCUGCAUGUAACUGAAACGCGAGCGUCAAAUUUUUAUUUUCUUUCACACCUUUACAAAAAAGUACUUGUUAAUUAUUCACGAUAACGCAGCAAAUUCAUUCAACUAUCUGCUUUGAUACGAUUAUUUGCGGAAGUGGAUAAUUUUUUGCGUCCCUAUUUGACAAUCUGAUGAUUUACGUCCAACUAGAGCGUGUAGCAUCGCUUUUGUGUGGCUUUGUUGACGAACGAUAAUAUUGAGAUGGCGUAAAUAGACGUGAAGAGGGGCAGUCUUAUCGGAGCUUUUUCGCAUUUGCAUCUAUCGAGCAUUAACGACAAGACAGUGAAUUAAUUUAGGGCGAACAAUACGUUGUCAUUUUUGUCAACGCAGUUAGCGGCUGUUAAAAAGUGGCUGAGCCAUUGCAAGGGAAACGCUUCGCGCUGAUCGCGCCAAUCGCUGGGGCAAAAAUCAAGGAUCUCUGAAAAUCCGAGCCGUGUGACGCUUGACUUGGGCUAAGCGAUUACCCCCCUUCGCGCGCGUUUGGCAUAAUGAUUGUCGCGAUUCUGUCUACGUGCGGUGGCACGCACGUGGAGCGAGCGACAGCUCUGAAAGCCCGUACACCUCUCAGGCACGUACCAGCGUACCGUAUGGGCAGAAAUUGGCGUGCGUGUGUGUGCGAGAGCGCCGAAGUGGACGAUGAUGAUACGAGGCUUCAGCUUAAUCAAAUAGUUGGAUCUACCAGUGCCAACUAUCCCUCCGCUCGCAACGGACAAACUUUUAUUGGCUAAUCCUUGCUCCACUAACGGCCGCUCGCGGAUAGUUUGCAGGGAUCUCGCCGGUGGCCAGCUUUUCUUCGGCGAUGCCUUGAGCAGCUCGCGACGAUGACAGCUCUCCAGUGGCGAUUGGUCAACGCUCAGAUUCGUCCGCUUUGGCGGCGACAGUGCGAUUGCUCUUCGAACUGACGAAAGUGGUUGCACGCGCGCGCGCGCGCCAGUGCAGUCGACUCACAAGAUGACGAUCAAAAGAACGAUUUUCGACAACGAACCGCCUCCACUGCUUUGCCUCGAGCGCUGAAAGCAGAUCGCCGUAACGGAGUCGCGCGCACGGUGAGAUGCAGUGCUGACGACAGUUCCGAAAACUCCGUGACAAGCUGCUUGGUCCACCGACGAAAAGCGAUAUCGCG